ACAGGAAGAGGAUGAUUGGAAGGAGUUUGAGCAAAAGGAAGAAAUUGAUUAUAGUGGUCUUAGAGUUCAGUCCAUGCAAAUAAGUGAAAAAGAAGAUGAUGAAAGUGAAAAAAGAGAAGAACCCAGUGACAACUGGGAGGAGACUGGUGGUGGUGUAGACAGAUCAUCUGGUCCUUGGAACAAGUCAGCUCCUGCACCAGCACCUGUUGUUGAACCAAUUGUUACAGAAACCCCAGAACCAGUUCAGACUGGUGGUGUAUACAGGCCACCUGGUGCCAGAGAGGGUGGCAGGCCACGAAGAGCACAGCAAGGACCACCAGAAAUUUACAGUGAUACGCAGUUUCCAUCACUGCAGUCCACCGCCAAGCUUGUAGACAGUCGAAAGGAUAAAGAAAUGGAGAAGAGCUUUGAAGUAGUAAAACACAAAACUAGAGGUAGGGAUGAGGUCACAAAAAAACAGGCACUUAAACUUCAGCUAGACAACCAGUAUGCUGUGCUUGGGGAUCAGUAGAGCUGCAUACACAUUACAAUUAAGGAAUGCUUUUUUGGUAACCCUUCUACUAAGGUAACUAAACUACAGCUAACGGCUAUGAUGAACAUGCCACCUUAUUUCUGCUGGAUCUACUGCAGCAAGUGCAGACUACUUUGACGUAAGUGAUUGGUUCUCCUGCACUGUGGAAGCAUAAUAUGUUACAACUUCUCCAUUGGAUAUGGGGCAGAUUAAUGUAAAUGAUUGAACAAGAGUCAUCAGUGUUCUUUAAUUGCUGAGAGAGAUACCUACAGCCAGUGGUCAUUUCAAAAUCUUUUUAUGUUCAGAUACUGAGCCUUCGUAAAGGUUGACUACCUCAGACUUGCUGCACUCAUUGUGGACACCAUGUGGAUCACAACUUCUGGAAGAGAAGGUUACAGCUGUUUUAGUGGCCAUCUGAAACUUGAAACCAGCUCUACUGGAUUCCUGUCAGAAAUCCUGCAGAAGUCAGCCAUUUGGUUCCAAUUUGCUAUAACAAAGAUUUAAGUGACCUUAAUGACAAACCUAUUCUGUUCCCCUUCUGAGGAAUCCUGCCAUGUGUAGCCAUAGCCUACUAGAGACUUCUGGAGCAUACCAUACCACUCAUACUAUCUAAGUAAAACAGAGCUGUAGUUUGUUUACCUUUUUAGAUAGCUGUACUGAAGUAACUGCAAAACAAAUUAAAACUCGUUCAGUAUCAGAUUUGAGGAAAAGUGGGUUUGAAUGGUCUGUUUGCAUUAGCUGUUUUCACAGUUGUCUGUUUAAGAAUUUUUUCCUAUACUCCACAAAAAAAAUUGCCUGCCUUGUUUCUGCUGUCAAAUUGCAGUAUUUUUAAAUAACGAUGAGAUAUAGUGAAACAGAGUUUAUUUUAUUUUUGUCAUGAGGCUUGUCUUUCUCACCCUGAAGCGCUAAGAUAUAAGAGAUUUGAUUUUGAGUAUCCAGACUCCAACUACAGUCUUCAGAAUUUCUCAUC